AUGCAAAGAAGCACGAGGGGCGACUAUUGCGUGGCAAAUGUUGAAGGUGGUGCUACUCGCCCUACAGCCAUUUCGAAGGUCUACAGCAGUCCAGUGAGUCCGGUGAGACAGAAUUCCACCGCGUUUUCGGCAGCUCUGCAGCAGAGACUUGUUAAUUCCCCGUCGGGCUCUUUCGUCACAUCCGUUCCUUCACCCACCUCGAAACCGGAUCGCUCAUUCCCACGAUCGUCCAUCAAACAGGUGACUACUCUCUUGCCCUCAACCCCCCCCCCACCCGAAGGCCCACUAAGUUUGCCAUCCACAGUGUUUGCUAGCAGUUUUUUUCAUGCCACUUCUCCCAAGGUGCGCUAUGAUACUCAAAGACCCACCGACUUGGAGACAAUUUGGCACUCACGCAGUUUUCCAGAUCACAGCUCCCUCGAUCAAAGCACUCGGCCUCAAGUGGGUUUCAAUGACUCGCUCACCGUCUUUCCCAACACCGCCUCUCCUACAAGUCCCCGACAGGGUGAUUUUCGAUGGACACCCAGUGGUUACGUCAUGGAAGCGCAAAGCGAGCCCCUCAAAAGAAGAAAUUCACGGCCAAAUGACUUUCCACACGUGUCGAGCAUUUCAACGACGGCAGGGAAUAUGUAUUCUCAAAUUUCGGCGAUGACAAAGCUAAAACCUCGAGGACCUCGAAGCCCUACAAAACGAACGCCGUUUUUAAGGCGCGGAUCCAACGUGGACUCGAGCGGGACAACCUUCCAGAUGUACGUCAAUGGCGUUGAACAGUCCGACUUAAGGAGUAAGUCGGAUGCAAUCAAGCGUCGGCUGUUGCAGGAUUACGAACUAAAUCGGCAGAAGGAGCCUGAAUUUGAUGAGGUGGUCCACACGUCGACAACUUCUUCAUAUCCCGUCCCGCCUUACUUUAAGGAACUUAUAAUGGAUUACCGUGGCAACUCAUCAGUGGCAUCGCGUGUUGUGCCCGGCGGCGGCAGCGGCGGCGGCGGGUUCAAUGAUUAUUCUUCGGGCUCCAUCUCCACUGUGACCAGUCCAACAAAUGCCCGAACAUCAAUCCGAUCCACAGAACAGCCAAGCCCCAACUCGGUGAUUGAGGAAUUGCAAGGUCGGUUCCAGAACUCACCGCGAUCGAGGGAGAAACGACCGAUUUUGAAGAAUGCCUCAGUUAAUGCGGAUUACAUAACACCGAUGAAUCAGCGUAGAAUAGCCACAACAAGCACUGCCACAGCAGCUCUGACUUCCAGACCACAUCACCGAUCGGAAUUGGUGCUACCGACGACAACUACAAGUUCGUCCGAGCAGCCCUUGAGGUCAAUUAAUACAGCGUCUACGGUGCGACUGGAUCCAGAUCCUAACGGAACACUGCGGGCUACUGAGGGCAGCAGCUAUCGCGGAGGUCCAAGUUUCCGACGUCUGCAGACCCUCUACGGCACAACUAUCAGCCAGAAGCGUUUUCCAUCCGACAACGCCCUUGACAUGACCUACCUGGAGGGCAAACCUCAGGCAUGUCUCCUUACUUGGCUGCUCCUCACAGUGUUAUUGAACUCUGGGGCUGAACCAAAAAUAGUAAUGCGUCUUAACUACGUCUAUUUGGGCGCCUGUCAUCUCUUACAGAUUGGCACACAGCAACCGAAUUCGCUAUUGCCGCAGUUCUACGUUUCGGGUCGUAAGGCAGGUACAGUGAAGAUUCAAGUUCGUAGCCGAAGUGAGCAGACGAGUCCCACUAGUGGACCUCCAAGCAGUCCACGACAGGCCUUCAGAGUUGCAUCUGUAGGAAAUGGAGGUGGUAGUACCUUUGAAGACCGCGUUCGCUCGGAACAGAUCAUUCUUCCGCAGACUGCACCAGUUCCACCGCAGGUAAUCAGAAGAAAUCCCAAAGCCUCCUCUUCCGUGGACGGACCUCAGGGUGAGGAUGAGGAGGCUUUGGUGCUUCCAUCAGUGCGAGAGAUAAUCCGACAAGUGGAGGAGAUGACGUUGAAAAACAGCUCGACACACAACAGCACAACCUCUCUGUCCAGACGCCAACACCAUCCUCAUCAGCAAUCAGCCAAUCCUGGACCAACUCAGCAUGUGUCAAGGUCUGUUGUCCGACCAACAAAUGCUGACCAGCAUGGCAGUGCUGCGAACCGAUCACAAUCGGCCUCUUCGAUUCUGACUAAUGGAGGCAGCCUGCCCAGGUUGAUAAACCAUGACGGAGUGUACCAUGGCUCCAGCUCCAACUUCUCCGAUUCCUACAAUGACUCCCUCGGCAAAGGGGUAGGCUGGUUGACCCUAGCCUUCCAUGUUGCACGAAAAGGCGAACAGAUAACCAAUCUCCCUCAGGACUAUCAGAAGAAUGGCUGUCUUGCCUCCUCGCUAUGCAUUGUCUUCCUUCUUUUCCAGCUGCUGGAAGCAUUUUUAGAGCAGAGGAGGGAGAUCCAACGAUUGCGAAAAGAGAUGGUCGAUAAGGACCGACUGAUAGCCACUUUGGAGAAGGACAUUCACCUGUACGAACCGUGGCGUUGA